CAUGUUGUAGGUGUGAGUUGUCAUCGAAAGUGAAGUGGUUAGUGGACUGUUAAGUUCAAGUGAUCACUAUCACAAGUUGGCAAUAUGGUGAUGAUGUGGAACAUCGCCUUGCCUGUUUGUUGCGUGGCAGCUGCUAUGCUCUGGGCUACAGGGUCGACGGGUCUGUUCAUCUCCAACCUGAACGAUGCCUGCUACAGCUGUCUAUGCUAUGUGUCCACUAAAUGUGAGGUCGGCCAUGGCUGCACAGGGGGGUACUGUGGACCUUUCAACAUCUCCAGGGUCUACUGGGUAGACGCUGGGAAAGUGGUGUUCCCGGAAGACGAUCCUAAUAGGAACCAUGCUUGGGAGGACUGCGCAAGGAGUUACCACUGUGCUAAGAGUAUCAUCGAGGGAUAUUUACAAAGAUUUGGGAAGGAUUGCAACGGCGACGGUGUGACAGAUUGUUUUGACUACAUGAUGGUGAAUGGCAAUGGGGGUUACGGCUGCACCUCCCCCCUCAACCGGUCCGUCAACGGGAGAAGAUGGCUGCAGCGCUAUAGUGAAUGUAGACUUUAGCUGGACAGCUACCUUUAACAUAGUUUUGACGGCCUCUGUGGCUCAGCGGUAGUGCGCUUGUCUGUGACAACGGAGGUCCCGGGUUCGAAUCCCGGCCAGGGCAUGACGAGAAAAGAUUUUUUUCUGAUUGGCCUGGGUCUUGGAUGUUUAUCUAUAUAAGUAUUUAAUAUAAAAUAUAGUAUUGUUGAGUUAGUAUCUCAUAACACUAGUCUCGAACUUACUUCGUGGCUAACUCAAUCUGUGUAAUUUGUCCUUAUUUAAAAAAAAAAAGGUUUGGGAUGCGGUUUGGCGGGUUUUAUUUUGGGUUGAUUUUGCGUUCAACGAGUUGAUUUGUAAUAGUUAUUCCGGUUAGAUCUCCCAAACGGAUACACACUUCAUUAUUAUUAUUCUCUGAUCGGCUCUGAUAUAUUUUUUAUUCCGUUCUGUGUCCCGUGCAGUGAGGGCGCGGGAUUAUUCCAUAUGAUAUUGUAAAUUGUGUGUAGCAAAUCAAAUAAAUGAAUUAUCUAUCCAUCUAUCUAAAAUUAAUUGAAAUAAAACGGUUCCACUAGGGUAUUAGAUUUAAGGAAUCAGACCGGAACAACUCUAUUUUAAGACAUAGACCAGAGAAUUUAGAAUCUGGACAACUAUUCAUAGAAAUCUGUGUGGAUGAUUUAACAAAUCAAUCUCAAUUCUAUCAUUAAGCCAAACAGCUGAACGUGGCCUAUCAGUCUUUUCAAGACUGUUGGCUCUGUCUACCCCGUAAGGGAUAAAGACGUGAUCAUAUGUAUGUAUGUAUGUAUGUAUGAUUUAACAAAAAUAAAUAAUUUUAAUUAAUUACUUACUAAAGAUUUUAAAUAUACCUACAUACCUACAUAUAAUCUACAUAUAUCCGUUGCGGGAUAGACAGAGCCAACAAUCUUGAAAAGACUGAUAGACCACGUUCAGCUGUUUGACUUAAUGAUAGAAUUCAGAUUCAAAUAGUGACAGUUAGCCCAUCGCCUAAAAGAAGAAUUCCAAAUUUGUAAGCCUAUCCCUUAGUCGCUUUUUACGACACCCAUAGGAAAGAGAUGGUCCUAUUAUUUUUUCUAUUAGUGCCGGGAACCACACGGCACAAUUUUUUAUCAUUGUAUCCAAAUAAAGUCAGGGCGAGCAACUAGUAUUAUGUACAUUCAAGUUAUGACUUCCGCACCAGCCGUCAAGUGGUCGCGCCGGAUGAAUAUUCAGCGUCGUUGCAAACUUAACGAGCACACAGGAAGAGUGCAAAAUGUAGAAGACACAGAAGAAGAAAUCCCUCACAGUGAUAAGUCCGCCCUUGUACAUCGUUAUUUUUAAUGUAUUUUUAUGUAUUACUUAUAAUUUGUUAUGUACAAUAAAGA